UUAUCUUCAUCUCUCUGCAUCCAUUUCUAGGGUUUGAAAUUUCUCUCUCCUUUUUCUAGGAUAUACAGUUAGACGUACGGUGCAACCAACCAAGAGGCUGUUACCAACCCACCAACCAAUCCAGCCAUGGGGUCGAUCCCCGAUCCCGGCGAGUUAACCGAGUUGACUCAGCCGAGCUUCGACGAGUUCCAGAGGCAAACCUCGUUGAUGACAAGCUGCACCCUGCUGUGGAGGGAGCUGUCUGAUCACUUCACUUCGCUCGAGCAGAACCUCAUGAAGAAAUCCGAGGCCUUGAAGCACAAAAUACAAACGCUAGAUCACCAGACCAAGGCAUCACUCGACUCCCUCAAGAAGCGCGAGGUCACCAUCGACGGAAGUGUUGAGAUCGCCCUCGAGAAGGUAGACGAGCAUACCGUUGCGGCACUGAAGUCCCUCCGGCAGCAGGACUUCGUUUCCAAUCCCGACGGCGAGGUUGACGACAGCGACGGACUACUGUGUGCUCUCAAGUCCUUCUGCCUGAAAAUGGAAGCAAAAGACUUCUGGAGGUUCGUGACGGUGAGGAAGAAGGAGCUGGACCUACUUCGAGCAAAAAUCCCGGUAGCCCUGUCGGAGUGCGUGGAUCCGGCCAAGUUCGUUUUGGAGGCAAUAUCUGAGGUGUUUCCGGUUGAUAAAAGGGUGGGGACAACUGAGAGAGGGAAUGAUUUGGGAUGGGCCUGCGUAGUGCUGUUGGAGAGCUUGAUUCCGGUGGUGGUGGAUCCGUUGAUCGGGAAGUCGAGGCUGCUGGUGACCCGCAGCGUCAAGGAGAAGGCAAAGGAGUUUGCAGAGACGUGGAAGGCCAGCUUGGAGGAGAGGGGAGGGAUAGAAAACGUUAAGACUCCAGAUGUGCACACUUUCCUUCAGCAUUUGGUCACCUUUGGGAUUGUGAAGGAGGAGGAUCUUGAUUUGUAUAGGAAACUUGUGGUCGGCUCCGCUUGGCGCAAGCAGAUGCCUAAGCUUGCCGUUUCCCUUGGUUUGGGUGAUAAAAUGCCUGAUAUGAUUGGGGAAUUAAUAAGUAGGGGACAGCAGCUUGAUGCAGUGCAUUUUACUUAUGAAGUAGGCCUUGUCGACAAAUUCCCCCCUGUUCCUCUUCUGAAAGCCUUUUUGAGGGAUGCAAAGAAGGCUGCAGCUUCUAUUUUGGAGGAUCCCAAUAAUACUGGCCGUGCUGCGCAUCUUGCAGUACGCAAAGAACAAUCAGCACUCAAGGCUGUUAUAAAGUGCAUUGAAGAGUACAAGCUUGAGGCUGAAUUUCCCCCAGAGAACCUCAAGAAGCGCCUGGAGCAGUUAGAGAAGGCAAAGGUGGAGAAGAAAAGGCCAGCUGCAGUUCCUGCCAACAAGCGUACACGUGCAAGCACUUGUGGUCCAAUGCCCCCGGCCAAAGCUGGUCGUUUGACAAAUGCAUACGUGUCAUCUUUCCCUGCGCCUCCUACCUUUGUUAGGUCGCCCUCUCACACUCAAUACACUUCUGCCAUCCCACCAUACCCAUCCCCACCCCAUGUAUAUGGCAGCAGGAGUCCACCAGCCAAUCCCUAUGCUUACUCGCCGGAGGCUGCUGCAGCUCCUCCCCUUGCUGGAUCAUAUCCUGUCUCACCCAUGAAUUAUCCCGCAUACGGAGGCUAUGGCAAUGGUCUGGCACCAGCUUAUCAGCAGGCUUACUACCGAUAGACAUGACUACUCUGAUGAUGGUAACCACUGAUAUGAUGACACCAAUCUCAUUUGCUUUCUAAAUGGUUUGUAAUCACUAACGUUUUUAAUGGUAGCAAUAUAUGUGUGUUAAUUAUAACUGUUGGCCGGCUUCUCGCUGUGCCAUGGUGAGAAGCUGUAUUUCUAAUGUUGAUCAAACUUUAGUACUAGGUGAUGUGAAAAAAAGUAAUCAUGAUGAAUACUCAAUGUACUAGGAUCAUCUGUUGUAGAAAGACUUUCUUACCUGGUUUCUGUUUGGACCUCCUGACCUCUUAUUUAUUGUUGGUGGGUUCAGAUUGGAAAAAAUGCCAUCUGUGUUUCAAGCAA